AUGGCCCCGAGACUUCUCUGGAUCGGCCUCGGCAACAUUGGGAGGGGCAUGUGCCAGAAUCUCGUGGAGAAGGCUGGCCUUGAUAAGCCACUCCUCAUUCAUAAUCGUACCCUAAAGCGAGCUACAGAUCUCGGUCAGAGUCUUCCCCAGGGCAAGACGGAGGUUGUGGAGUCCCUUGCCGACGCUAUUGGCCAGGCCGACAUCAUCUUCUCGUGCAUCGCAGACGACCAGGCUGUGGAGGAGGUCUUUGCAACAGCUAUCAAGGGAGACGUCAAGGGCAAGGUCUUUGUGGAGUGCUCGACCAUCGCACCCGAGACAACGGAGGCUGCCGCGUUGUCGGUUUUGGAGAGGGGCGCCGAGUUCAUCUGUGCUCCAAUCUUUGGCGCACCAGCCAUGGUGGCUGCCGGCAAUGCAACGUUGGUUCUCGCGGGGCCGAAAGCCUCUAUCGACAAGAUCCGCCCUUACAUCGACGCCGUGGCAGCCCGAGAGAUCAACAUGGCCGAUGAGCCGUACCGCAAGGCAUCGAUCCUCAAGGUGCUGGGCAACACCGUCAUUCUUGGUAUGGUUGAGCAAUUGGCCGAGACGUAUGUCACUGCGGAGAAGAGUGGUCUUGGAACUGGCUAUUUGAAGCAGUUCGUUGAGGCAAUGUUUGGCGGAAGCCCAUACCCUGCGUACACGAAUCGCAUGCUUCAGGGCGAUUAUUACAAGAGAGAGGAACCUCUGUUCGCCGUCGACCUGGCGAGAAAGGAUGCUCGCCAUGCCAUGGCCAUCGCUAAAACGGCUGGUACGCGGCUGCACAACAUUGAGACGGCCGACAAGCACCUUCAGAUUGUCAAGGAUCACGCGGGGCCGUCGGGUGACAUGGCCGGCAUUUACGGUGCCGUCAGAAAGGAGGCUGGACUCGAUUUUGAGAAUGAUUCGUACAGCAUCUUUGUCGGCCUCGUCAUCGUCGCGGCUAUGGCUGCGGGCGCCUGGUUCCUCUCCCCCAAGGGCGAAAACCAAAUCAUCUGGAGAUCCUCCCUCCUCCUCGCCCUCGCAUGCUGCUAUCUCAUGUGGGCCAUCACGUUCCUUGCCCAGCUCAACCCCCUUAUCGAACCGCGACGCAGCGACAUCCGACCCGGCUUCGAGCAUCACUGA